UGCAGAUAGAACGCCAGACGUGGGUGGAAACGGACAUGAACCGAUUUAUGGUGUAGGGGAAAAUCAUAAUUGGCAUAAGAAGAGUAUCUUCUGGGAUUUGCCCUAUUGGGAGACUCAUUUGUUGCGGCACUGUUUAGAUGUCAUGCAUAUUGAGAAGAACUUUUUCGACAAUUUGAUGAACACCAUCCUUGAUGUCCAAGGCAAGACGAAGGAUAACUUGAAGUCAAGACUGGAUUUGGUUGAUAUUUGUGCUCGUCCCGAACUUCAUGUUGAUGAGCACGGUAAAGGUCCUAUUCCCAUAUAUCGACUGGAUGCAACUGCAAAAGAAGAGUUUUUUGAUUGGAUAACACACAGUGUUAAAUUUCCAGACGGUUAUGCAUCAAGUUUGCGUAAUUGUGUUGACAAAAGUGAAGGGAAGUUUACUGGCUUGAAGAGCCAUGAUUGUCAUGUAAUGAUGCAGCGCCUCCUUCCUUUUGCGUUUUCCGCACUAUUGCCACGAAAUGUCCACGAAGCAAUCGCAGGGAUAAGUGCUUUCUUCCGUGAUUUAUGCUCGAGAUCACUCACACCAGAUGGUAUUCGCAAUUUGGAAGUUAAAAUACCGGUGAUCCUUUGCAACCUCGAGAAGAUAUUUCCUCCAUCAUUUUUUGAUGUUAUGGAGCAUCUUGCUAUUCAUCUUGCGAGAGAAGCGGCACUCGGUGGUCCCGUGCAGUACAGGUGGAUGUAUUUGUACGAACGGUUUAUGUUUCAUCUGAAGAAGAAGGUCAAGAAUUUAAGCAAGGUGGAGGGAUCAAUAGUGGCUCAGUGCAUCAAUGAGGAAACCUCAAACUUUGCUGAAUACUACUUUCCAUCAGAAGUUCGAACAAAAAGUCGAAGACCUGCACGGCAUGAUGAUAGAGGUGAAAGGACAACUUAUUAUGUUUAUGUGCCAAACAUGUUUACACAAAUUGGACGACAUAGUGGAAAGUCAACGGACCGGAUACUUACCGUGGCUGAGCAUGCUCAUUUGCACACAUAUUUGCUUACAAACUGCGAAGACAUUCUUGAAUAUGAGAGUAUUUACUUGGCAGAGAUGCGCUUAAAGUACCCGGAUGCGACCGAAGAACAACUUGAACAACUCAAGCAAAACAACUUUGCAACAUGGCUUUCUGAUUAUGUAAGCCAUUGUUUAGCUAUUGGGCACCCACCUAAAGAUUGGUUACGUGAGAUAGUUUGUGGUCCAAAGUUUGUUGCGAAGCAAAGGAACGAUCCUUGGAUCGUUGUCAUGUCAAUAAAUCCCAGAAGCCGAGUACAAGGAGUAUUUGAUCCACUACAACAACAAUUCACCGAAGAGGACGGCGAGAUUGGAGAGUUUGACGAAGACGAUUCAGAUUCAUCAUGUUCAUCAUCAGAUAAUUCCUCAGAUGCAGAGUAG